AUGAGCUUUAUAAGAAACAUAUUUGGAAUAAGCAAGAGAUUACCGUCUAAAAGACCCUUGAAAGUUCUUGGAAUAGAAACCUCUUGCGAUGAUACUGCCGCAGCCAUUGUCACUUCAGAUCGUCAAAUCCUUGCAGAAGUAGUCCGUGGCCAACAAGAGUUACAUGAACCCAAAGGUGGCAUCGUACCCAUGUUGGCUUGUGAAAGUCAUAGUCGCAACUUACCUGGUGUUGUCAGUGAGGCACUGCAAAAGGCUAAAUUAACUGUACAAGAUUUAGACGCCAUUGCAGUAACAAGAGGUCCUGGAUUACCUCCUUGUCUUCCUGUUGGCUUAAACGCUGCAAAGACAAUGGCAGCUGUAUGUGGAAAGCCGCUGAUUGGCGUUCAUCAUAUGGAAGCCCAUGCGCUGACAGCUAGAUUGACAACACCCAAUGCAGAUAAUGCGCCAUACCCACAGUUUCCGUUUAUGACACUGCUUAUAUCUGGCGGACAUACACUUUUGUUGACAGCAAAUAAUGUCGGUGAUUAUAGUGAACUUGCAGGCACAAUGGAUAAUGCUGUAGGCGAAGCGAUUGAUAAAGCAUCGAGGUCACUGAAACUGAACUGGAUCCAGGGAAGAAGGGGAGGACCAGGUGCAGCAUUAGAAAAGGCAGCCUCUGAGGGAGAUCCAGAGAGAUUCAUUUCGAAGUUACCAUUACCUUUGUCACUAUCAAGAAAGAAGGAAUUGAAAUUUAGUUUUGCAGGAUUAAAGUCUGCGAUGGAUCGUCUUGUUAAGGAUCCAUCCAUUGAUCUCAGUAACUCAAAAGAUGUCAAUGAUUUAGCAGCUGCAUUCCAAAUGAUAUGCAUUAAUCAUCUUGAACAAAAGAUCAAGUUGGCGCUAGAGCAAGAAGUAGUUAAGAAUAAGAAGCCAUUGAAUGCGUUUGUUAUAAGCGGUGGUGUAGCUAGUAAUAAGUUAUUCCGAUCAAGAUUGGAAACACUGGUAAAUGCUUAUGGACUGCCACUGAUAUGUCCUCCUCCUCAGCUGUGUACAGACAAUGGUGUGAUGAUAGCUUGGGCUGGGCUUGAACGACUCCAAGCAGGUCUGGUGGAUGAUUAUACGAUCACGACGAUUCCCGUAUGGCCUCUUGAAUCCUUAAAGCAAAGAGAAUAG